CUUUCUGUUUGUGGCUCUACAAGGAAAUUUCAAUCAUGGCACAAAGGAUUAUUCAUGAUGGAGCUAUGUGAAUUGGCCUAGCAUUGAUCACAACCCAAUUCUGCCUUGUCCUACAAUACUUUCCAGUGUGUGCAGACAUUAAUGAAAGGUCAGGACCAAGCAGUAAAAGGCAGAAGGAGUCAAAAAGUAGAAACAUAUAAAUAUCAGUCACAGAGGAACAUGCCUCAUUCUGUUCCAGUCCGUGGUCCCAGCUGUGUCACUAUCCAGCUGCAAUGUACACGCUCAACUUUAGAAUCAUUCCGAGCUAAACUUGGAACAAUAAUUGGGAUCAUCCUCACAGCAUCAUACAAAUAUCAACUCAUAGGAAACUGGAAGCUGGCUAUAGCAAUAAAGAUCUGCCGUACACUGUAGCCGCCUGUCCUUCUCAUGUGACCAGAACUGACUAUUCAGUUGAUUUCGGAUACAAUUUCUUGAAACCAAAAACAAACUAGUGGAUACACAGUCAUUUAUAUAGCAUUUUAUAUCAGUUUUUGCUACAUUUGUUACAUCUGAAAAUGACUCUCGCAGCCAAACUGGAAGAUAUUGAGGCAACACUGGAGCACCUGAUGAUGGAUAUGUUUAUGACGGAGGGGCGGCGAUGUCAGGUUCACCUCCUAGAUGACAGGAAGUUGGAACUUCUCGUACAGCCAAAACUGCUGGCCAAGGAGCUGCUUGAUUUAGUCGCAUCCCACUUCAACCUGAAAGAAAAAGAAUAUUUUGGGAUAGCUUUCACUGAUGAAACGGGGCAUUUGAACUGGUUACAGUUGGAUCGAAGAGUACUUGAACAUGACUUCCCCAAAAAGUCUGGUCCCGUUGUCUUAUACUUCUGUGUUAGGUUCUACAUUGAAAGCAUAUCUUAUCUAAAGGACAAUGCCACUAUUGAGCUCUUCUUCUUAAAUGCCAAGUCCUGUAUAUACAAGGAAUUGAUAGAUGUUGACAGCGAGGUUGUUUUUGAACUGGCAGCGUACAUCCUGCAGGAGGCAAAGGGAGACUUCACCAGUGAUGAACUAACAAGAACAGAUUUAAAGAAGUUGCCAGCACUUCCUACACAAGCCCUUAAAGAACACCCCUCCCUCGCUUACUGCGAGGACAGGGUUAUAGAAUAUUACAAGAAACUGAAUGGGCAGUCUAGAGGUCAAGCUAUUGUGAAUUAUAUGAGUAUUGUAGAAUCCCUUCCCACGUAUGGAGUGCAUUAUUAUGCAGUUAAGGACAAGCAAGGAAUCCCAUGGUGGUUGGGACUUAGCUACAAAGGUAUUUUCCAAUAUGACCACCAUGAUAAAGUGAAACCAAGAAAGAUCUUUCAAUGGAGACAAUUGGAAAACCUGUACUUCAGAGAAAAGAAGUUCUCGGUGGAAGUUCAUGAUCCUCGCAGGGCAUCUGUUACCAGGAGGACAUUUGGACAUGGAGGGAUCGCUGUACACACGUGGUAUGCAUGUGCUGCUCUCAUAAAGUCUAUCUGGGCUAUGGCCAUUAGCCAACACCAAUUCUAUCUGGAUAGGAAACAAAGCAAGUCCAAAAUACAUGCUGCAAGAAGCCUGAGUGAAAUUGCAAUAGACUUAACAGAGACUGGAACCUUGAAGACUUCAAAACUUGCAAACAUGGGAAGUAAAGGGAAAAUCAUCAGUGGAAGCAGUGGAAGCCUGUUGUCAUCAGGUUCCCAGGAGUCCGACAGUUCACAGUCUGCCAAGAAAGACAUGCUGGCUGCACUGAAAUCCAGGCAGGAAGCUCUGGAGGAGACACUACGGCAGCGACUGGAGGAGCUGAAGAAAAUUUGUCUACGUGAAGCGGAACUUACAGGCAAACUGCCAAGAGAGUACCCAUUAGAUCCAGGAGAAGAACCACCUACUGUUCGACGGCGAAUAGGAACCUCAUUCAAACUGGAUGAACAAAAACUACAUGUAAAAGGAGAGGAAGUGGAGUUGGAACGUCUUGAGAGAGAAUUUGCUAUUCAGUCCCAGAUUACAGAGGCAGCCCGUCGGUUGGCCAGUGACCCUCAUGUUAGCAAAAAGCUGAAGAAGCAGAGAAAGACCUCAUACCUCAAUGCACUAAAGAAACUUCAGGAGAUUGAAAACUCCAUCAAUGACUAUCGCAUCAAGUCUGGAAAGAAGCCUACACAGAGGGCAUCCUUAAUCAUAGACGAAGCUAACCUCGGCAGUGAAGACAGCUCACUUUCUGAUGCUCUUGUUCUUGAGGAUGAAGAUUCUCAGGCUCCCAGCAUCAUGUCUCCUAUGCAGUCUCCUCAUAAAGGCCUACCGCCAAGACCUCCAUCACAUGCCAGACCGCACCCUCCACAGUCACUGGAUGGACUUAGACAGUUGCACUACCAGAGAAAUGACUAUGACAAAUCUCCCAUAAAACCCAAAAUGUGGAGUGAAUCUUCCUUAGAUGAACCCUAUGAGAAAGUGAAAAAAAAAUCCUCACAUAGUCAUUCCAGCAACCACAAAAGGUUUCCUAGCACAGGCAGCUGUUCAGAAGCAGGAGGAAGUAACUCUCUGCAAAAUAGUCCUAUCCGAAACCUCCCUCACUGGAAUUCUCAGUCCAGCGUGCCAUCCACCCCAGAUUUACGAUUACGAAGCCCACAUUAUGUUCAUUCAACUAGAUCUGUGGACAUCAGCCCUACCAGACUACAUAGCUUAGCACAGCACUUUAGGCACCGCAGUUCCAGCUUGGAGUCACAAGGAAAACUUUUGGGCUCUGAAAAUGACACUGGGAGUCCAGAUUUCUACACGCCAAGGACUCGUAGCAGUAAUGGUUCCGACCCUAUGGAUGACUGCUCCUCUUGUACUAGCCAUUCCAGUUCUGAGCACUAUUACCCAGCCCAGAUGAAUCCUAACUACUCAACACUGGCUGAGGACUCUCCCUCCAAGGCCAGAGAGAGACAAAGACAUAGACACAAGUCUAAUGGGAACCUUGUAUCCUCCAAUUCAGGGAGCAUGCCCAAUCUGGCUGCUAGGAAUGGGAAUGGACACCAUGGGGUAUACCUGCAUAGUCAGAGCCAACCUUCCUCACAGUAUAGGAUCAAGGAGUAUCCUUUGUACAUUGAAGGAAGCUCAACACCUGUUGUUGUGCGAAGUCUAGAGAACGACCAAGAGGGACACUACAGUGUCAAAGCACAAUUCAAGACGUCAAACUCCUAUACUGCAGGAGGGAUGUAUAAGGAGAACUGGCAUGGGGAUGAUACUGUAGACUCUGUGAGGCUCACCCCUUCUCGUUCUCAGAUUGUAAGGACUCCAUCACUUGGCAGAGAGGGCCAUGAUAAGGGCUCAGGCAGGACUGUGGUGUCUGAUGAGCUGCGGCAGUGGUUCCACAGGUCUACCACACCCCACAAGGAGCACAACAGACUUUCACAUACUAGUUCCAACUCCUCUGACAGUGGCUCUCAAUACAGCACAUCUCAAAGCACCUUUGUGGCACACAGCAGGGUAACAAGAAUGCCUCCAAUGUGUAAAGCAACAACAGCUGCCUUACCCCAUGGUCAGAGGAGUUCAACGCCUUGUAGUGAUCUUACAGCCACUCCCCCCAGUAGCCCUCACCACAUUUUAACCUGGCAGGCUGGGACAUACCACGAUACUUGCUACCUAGACUCUGCCCUAUAUUCUGAAUUAGCUGACGUCCAGUGGUACGGACAAGAAAAAGCCAAGCCUGGGACUCUUGUGUGAACCUAUUAUCGCAAUGCCAUUUGGAGAUCACCUCACUGCCUCUCAUUUGCCUUACCCAGAUGCACUACCAUCCCACACCAGCUUCAGCGAAAAGCACUUUUCAUUUUAAAACCUACAGUUAAGGAAAAUAGUUAAAGCCCCUCCUCCUAGUACAACAUUUUCCGGAGACCCACGUUGCUACUACUGACUAUUGUGCGCCUCCUUAUCUGUGUAAAUUUACAAACUGUGAAGGACUCACUUUCCUACUCCACUGGAGUCAUUUUGUACCAGUUGGGAAUAACCUCAUCACUGCUUAAUCCCUAUAAAUAUCAUUAAAUGGAAGUGAAAAUUUAACAAUAUGGAAAUCUCAUGUUUAGGCCAACAGAGCACUAGUAAAUAAGAACGCUUUAUUUUUCCUUGGUUAUUUUAAAGAAAGGGGUUGAUAUAAAAUUUUUCUAUGUUCGUGUUCUUAUUUCCUUUAUUUUUCUUAGGUAUAAAACUGGCUAAUUGUCCAAGAAAUGUGUUCAGUUCAAUUCUAACCAAAGAUAACACAGGAUGGAGAUAACUGCUACAUAUUCAUUAACCCGUUCAUGCCACUGGUGCUGACAUGACACAUUCCAAUGUGUUGCAUACACUUUUUUUCAAUGCCACUGGGUUUAUAGAUAAAGCCAUCUUGUGUAUUGAUAUUACGGUUUCAUAAAGAUGAUAAUGCAGUUACAUUUACCAAACUAACGGUACUGCUAAUAUCCAUUACUUUGAAACUAGGAAUAAAUGACUACCAACUGGACCAGUGGGGAUUUUCUCACUUUAACAUCUAUAGCUAUUGGGGGAUCUUCUAUAUUCUAUAGUAAGAUUACCAUUGCACUUAUUAAAUGCUGCUGCCCUUAAUGCGAUAAAUUAAAGUGGUUCUCCGGCUACUAAGGUUUUUUGAAAACAUCUUUUUUUUCUUUCUGUUCUAUCUGCAACAUGUGAUGUCAGUCCAUAGCUGUAAUUGGUCACCAUUGCAGCCAAGUACUUGUCCAUGUCGAGUGAGACCCGGGAAGCAUACUAAUAGUGAUGGCAGGGCAGGCUCUCCAGAUGUUGCAAAACUUCAACUCCUAGCAUGCCUGGACAGCCGUUGGCUGUCCGGGCAUGCUGGGAGUUGAAUUUUUCUAACAUUUGGAGGGCCACGGUUUGAGGCCACUCUUGUAGGGGGAUCGGUAGGGUGUGGCUUCUUUCAUUAUUUUACAGAAUUCUGAGCUGUUUACAUGUAGUGGCUGGACAAUCCCAGUAACCCAUCCCCAAUACUUACAGCUGCUUAACUCUGGAACAUGUAUAUUGUACACUAUGCAUAGACUAGGAACAAUGCUUGGUACAGAAAAUAAUAAUAGACCUUCUCGCCCCAAUGUAUCCCUGGUAUAGAAUCCUACAUAUCAGGCAGAAGAAACCUAAAGUUUACACAUUCACUUCCUAACUGGUCAUGGAUGAGGCCUGCAUGUCACCUAAUGUUUUGGCUGACAGUGUAUGGACAGGUAGUUAUAAAUGCUGACAUCUAUAGAUCUCAUUGGGGAACUGGUGUCUGAAGUUCCAAAGUAACAUUACUUAUUACUGUAUUCAUAUAUUUGGAUUCCAAUAUUAUUCAAUAACUCCCUAGAUGAGUUUUUGUACACGACUCCCAUAGUUGCCUGCUAUGUUUAAUAGGCAACUCAACAUGUACGGACAGUGACUAUGGCAUCCUUUCUUAAUUUAGACAGGUGCUUUGGUAGCAUGGAAUACAUGGUCUAGCAUUAUUUGGUACAAAAAUAUUUUUUGUCAUGUCCAAUACCUUUAUAAUAAGUACAAGUACGUUGUGGCCAUUUGUUCUCCAGAUUGUUUACUAGCCAUCACUGAAUGCAUAAAAUAUUUAUCUGUUGUGUGGCAGCUGGCAUUGGUGUCAUAAAUUGCAAUGCCAGAACACUUCUUGUUCACAAGAUUAAUAAUGUGAGCAUUUAUUGAUGCAUCGAAUAUUUCCCAUAGCAUUGCCUGCCUGGCCUGCAAAAAUCUCCCUAUGCCAGCUAGAGAAGUCUUCUGAAGGAGAGACGUUACCCUCUCUAAUCCACCUGAAAAGCCACUCACCCACCCAACCUGCUGUACUCUUGUAUUCUGCUUAGUACUGACAAGGAACCAUGCAUCCCCCCCACCCCAAAAAAAAAAAAAAACGUCAUUGCAAAUGUGUUCUUUUGGAGGAGAUUCUGGUUUAAAUGAUUUCCAGUUCGCACAUUGGAUGUACACUAGCUCAUGGGUACAACUUAUAUUGUAUUGCUGAUAACCUAACUUUAUUUGUGAUGCACUGUACACUUCCAAGCGAGUGUUGCUCUGGUAUUACAGAGUUCAAUAUCGUAUCAGCGAUAUUUACCAAGGUGAACAACACAUUGCUCAGUGAAAGUGCCCUUAAAGAAAAGAGGAGUCAGAUAGGAAAAAUGACCUUUCCUGUCGCUGUCUGGUGCUAUACCUAUUUUAAUAGACCCUAGGUGCCAUUCCGGGAACUGAACAUAAUACAAGAAAACUUGAGAAUAAUCUAGCAAACAGCACGCUGACAAUAAUAAAGGAUGUAAGUAAACAGGAGGGUAAUAUUAAGAAGCCUCACACAUGGUGCUUAUCACAGUAACAGAAAUGGAUGUACCAUCCUAUGAUGCUUUUCUACCACAGAGUAGUGUAGUCUCUUAACUGUCCUACAGGUUUCUAAGUAGAUGACCAGAUAGAUAAUAAAAUUACUGCUAAUAAUAAUGACUUAGGCCAAAUGAGUUAGAAACCUAAGUACAAGAACAUAUGAACCUUGAUGUAACCCUACUCAAACAUUGACAGAGCUGGAUAUAUCAGUGCCCCUUAUUCAUUUAUAUGUUAAAAGGGUUGUAUAGGAUAGGGAUACAUGAUCUGAUCUUGGGGGCCAAUUUUGAGAUUGUGGAUCCCAAUCUCCUGUUAGAAUGGAGCAGCCAAACUCUGUACUCGGCUGUUUCUGCAACUCCCAUAGGGAAUGAAUAGGCUGGGGGCACCACUCCAUUCUAACUGAAGACUGGAGUCCCUGUUCUUAAGUUCAUGGGGGCAGCACAGCAGUCAGACCUCUACAAUUAGAUCAUUAUCCCCUUAUUCUGUUGAUAGGGAUAUCUUUAAAUGGCACAAUCCUUUUAGCUUUCCAAGCUUCUAAUGCUCCAUCUUCAGGAAGGUAUGCAGUAAUAUUUUUAGUGUAAAAUUAAAUCCUUCUUAAAAUUUUAGUUAUUGGAAGCCAAAAGUCUAUCCCAACAAGAGAAGCAAAGUCUUUACGAAUUGAAUGUGGUUUUUCUGGGCAUAUGCUUAGCAAAAAGCGGCAGUGGAACCAGCAGGUAGGAUAAUUACUUCUGAAACUUUGAAGAGGAUCCUGUAAUUCAGAUUUAUUACAAGCUCUAUAUAAUCUUCAUAAGAAUGCAGAAUGUUUACAAGGCCUAAUACUUCUAUUUAAAUUGAUACUGCUACCAUUGCUGGAAGCAGGGAUCCAUUGAAAUAAUGUGAAAAAAAAAAAAAAGAAUAAUUGGUAAAAAUAUAAUAGAAAUCAACUUCCUUUUGCCAUUAUUUCCUUUAAACACUGGUGAUUUUAGUAAUACUGUAUACUAAAUAAGACAUUUACAGACUUCACACUUGCAUAUACAUACACCAUUUUGUUAGGAUGUAUGGUUGGUAGUUAUUUAAAAUAAUUUAUUUCUUAUACAGUAGUUCAUUAAAAACCUGAAUUAGCUUGAAUAUCUCACAAUACUGUUACUGGGCUCGCUUACUAACUAUUAUAUACAAUUCCCUAUGCAUAGCAGACUUUACAAACCAGCCUUUAUAUUGCAUUUUCUGAAAACUGGGGUCAUUAACUCUGUUAAUAUUAAACUAAUUGUCUAGUUUUCUAGUUCUUUCAAAGUAAAGGAAUGCAGAUGUGUACACAUUUUUUUUUUUUUUACAUCCAAUCCAAUAUUUGUUUUUAUAUUUACCACCGAUUUGGUAAAGUUUCCUAAAGGACUAGAAUAUAUCAAAGAUUACACAAUAUAAUAUAUUUCAGGGAAAGUGAUUGUCUUCACUUUUGACAUUGUAAGUAGCUUCUUUUAUCUAUUUAGCAGGGGCAUGUGAUACCCAUACAUGGCUGUAAGCACUUAAUCCACUCGUCCUAUACAAUUGACUACAUACAAUACAAUAACCAUAUGCAAAACGCACAAUGCAUCAGUAAACCAUAAAGAGGUUCUCUGCUAGAUGCCUCCCUUUUUUAUUUGCAUUAUUUGGCAUGGUAAAUUAGACAGCGGUCCGUUGUCUAGCGCUUGUAUCUGGAGGACUACGAACAUCUUUUGCCAUGCAGUUCAACAUGGUACUUGCAGCAGCCACUUGCCACUGGAGUACCUAAAAAAGGGGUUGUACAGAUCCAGCAAAUCUUUAGGUCAUACCUAGUCAUACAACUAUAAUUCAAUUUCCCCUAAUAUUUCCUAAAUUACAAGUAUUAUUGUAAACGGGCAGUUCGGCAUCCCUUUUGUUGUCCCUUCCUGUGUAAUGCUAGCAUACUACUGGAUGAUUGCAAUGGGGCUUUAAUUUUAUACAACCAGUCUACCUGGUGUAUAUUAUGCUGUAAGGCAAGUUAUUUUUACUUACGAUCAUUCGAGUGUUGGAAAAUAGUAAUUACAUUUUUCUUCACCCAGUAUUAGUUUUAGUUGAGAAAAUAGCAAACCUCUUUUCAGGUGCUACCAAGAUGACCAGUUACUGCUUAGUCAACUAUGUGUAAAUUUUUACGUUUAUUAAUGUCAAUAGUUUUAAUACAAGUUGUGCAAAAAAUGAACUUUAGCUUCACCCCUUAGGAGGCAACAGAGUCGGCAAUGCCACUCAUUCACUUAAGGGAUUAAAUAAUUUAGGUUGCGCCUAAACAAGAUUAUAGAGCAUGUAAAAUUACUUUUUUUUUUUUUAUUCUGUUCAACUGUAAUCAAUGAAAAAAUAUGUAUGUUGUAGAAAAGUUGCAGAAUUUUUCAAAAGAAUUCUGCCAUUAAUUUAUUCUUUUUGUAUUAAGAAUUUGUAUAGUACCUUUACAUUUUGCAAAACAGUGUUGUUGACACUUCCUUAAUAAAGCAUUUUUAAA